UGCAGCUUCUUUACACGCAGCGAAAAGAAAAAAGUGGGUCCAGGCGAUGCGCCGAAUAAAUGUCGACGGAUCGACGUGGAAGCCUACAGCUAACUCGCGCGUUUGCAGCGAGCAUUUCAUAUCAGGAGAACCAUCUAGGUUUCCGGACCACCCCGACAACGUCCCGUCCGUAUUUAAGCACAAGCCUGCGAGCCGCCGAGAUGCUGUUGUGCGUUUUGAAAGGUCGGCGAACCGACGAAGCACUCCGAGCCAGUCUUUCAAACGUUCUCAGCUUCCAAAUACAAAGCCAGCAACCACACAGAGCAGCCAGCCUUCAGGAAGUAACACAUCAAUGGUGCCAGCUGUCCCGGACGAUCCACCACACCACAGCGAUGGCAGCCCAGUGCUGGAACCCGAGGCAGCACAUCAACUUCCAAAAACUCCUGUAUUACACAUUCAUUUUGACUCUGGGGAAAAUGCAGAAACCCAGGCUAGUGAAGCACCUGAGCAUUCUACAGCCAAUCUUGAAAGUGGUGCUGCCAUGCAUGAUGCAUGCCAGCCCGACAAUGUGUCUAGCCUUAGAAUAGCUGAACUUGAAGCCCGUUUAGCUAGUGCAGAACAAUAUAACCUGACACUAGAGUCGCAUUUAAAAGCAGCACAGCAGCACACUGACACCUGGAGAAUGAGCUACUAUGAGCUGAAAGAAACAACACUGUGUCUCUCUAACAUGAAGACAGAACAAGACAUGCUGUAUUACACAAGCCUACCGUCCAUGGAUGUGUUUAAUAACCUCCUUUACCUAGUCGUACAUCAAAAUCGACACCUUAAAAAGCAUGAAGAGAUAAAAACGCACAACACCAAAGAGCAGUUGUUUAUGGUGUUGGUACGCCUGCGGACAGG